AGAGCCGCCGCCUUUCCACGGCUCUUGCAUGCGCGCUGCUGUCACUUCUCUUCUUCGGGUUCGCUAUUACGACGCGUCUCGCUCGCCUUCCAGCGUCCCGCGCGAGUGCCGGGUCUCACGGGGGCCGCAUCUGUCCGAGCCCGUGCGUGUGUGUGGGUGUGUUGUGCGUGUGUUUGUGUCCACCGCGGUGUUCGAUGCGAUUCCUGAAUUGGGUGUCAUGUCGCGCUCUCCUGGAGACGAUGUGAGCGAGACUCGUGACGCCGUCGUCGCCACCGCCACGGCCACGGACGGUGCAACGACGUCGGCCGACAUGCCGGACAAUGACGAAAACGGAUGCGCCGAGGAGCCUGCCUCGACCGAAGCGGACAACCUCGACCUGUUUCAACGCAAGAUCAAGACCGAGAAAGACGAACGAGAGGAUGUGCAGCGGAAAACAUUUACAAAGUGGAUCAAUUCACAACUCGCAAAGGCCGACCAGCCUCUUGUCAACGACCUCUUUCAAGACUUUCGGGAUGGAACAAGGCUUCUGACACUGCUUGAAAUUCUCUGUGGCCAGCAACUGAAACGAGAAAGAGGAAAUUUGAGAGUUCAUCAUAUCAACAAUGUUAGCAGAGCACUCCAAGCACUAGAAGCUAACAAUGUAAAGCUUGUCAAUAUCAGCACAAAUGACAUUGUUGACGGCAAUCCAAAGCUCACCUUAGGCCUUAUUUGGAGCAUUAUUCUUCACUGGCAGGUACAUGGUGUGUUGAAAAGGGCUUCCAGUGAUGUCCACCAGACGAACUUGGAGAAGACUCUUCUCGCAUGGUGCAGAGAUGUCACCAAAGGGUCUGUUUGA